AUGAAGAAACGUUGGAAUGCCCUUGAGUCUUUUCCAGACUUUUCAAAGGAGGCUCUGAUAAGUAUCCUUCUAGCGUAUGUAUGCAUCAGUGUCUCCUAUUCACCCCAGUCACUGGCAUUGACUCCCGAAGGAAUAAGUAUUCCAAACACCAGAGAAGAAGGCAUGUUUCUGCGUUUGUAUGAAGCAAUGGACAAAAACGUGAAAAAGUACCUAGAAGAUGGACGGGUUAAGAGGGGUAAAUCGUACAUGAACAGUCUUGGAUGCCUGAAGAUAAUGACCUCAACCUAUGAACCCUCUCCUGAAGGUCACUGGUCCAAGAACUUUGCUGCUCUCUCAAUACAUCGUCGUAAGGACUGGGCUGUCACAGUGAAAGGUUUCGAUAGGUUUGUCUGGGACUUUGAGGGCUCCACAAAGAAGAAAACACCAGAAAAUGCCUUUGGUACCUAUCAAAGCCAUGGUUCAAUGUUGAUAGCGAAUAGUGAAGAGGCGCUAAAAGCUCACGAUAUAGAAAACGGAUGGGACUGGACAAAAGUUCCUGGAGCGACGACGAUGACUUUGACUUUAUGGCAGAUUAGGCCACCUUCCUAUGCCGGUGGGGUUUCCUAUAAAGGACCGGAGCCGUUAUCCAGCGGAGUUUUCGGCAUGGACUUCCACCAAACAGAAUAUCAAUUCUUUUACGAGGAUCAUCCGUAUCCAAAAGUUAAACUUCACUUUUAGAAGUCUGUCUUCUUUUUCAAAAACGUUUUAGUCUGUCUUGGAAGCAACAUUAAAAUAGAUAAUGGCGGAACAGCAACCAAGGCGCGAACGACACUGUUUCAAGACAAACUAGUUAGAGAUGCAUCUAAAUUUUCCAUUAAAAUGGACGGCAUGACCAAAGACAGCUCAGAUCUAUUCGAAGCUGUAAACCCCCUUUCUAAAAACACCAAAGAUGGGUAUACCACUUUAGUCGACACCAAAGGCAACAGUUAUUACAUUCCAGGAUCAAGUGCAUCUGAUCUUAAGUUACAUGUCCAGAUUCAAAGUUCGCAAACUGUAGCUGCUGUCUGCUCCAGCGGUAUCUAUGCAACAGCCUGGCUAGAGCACAAUUCCACGAAUGCCAAGUACGAGUACGCUGUGUUGGUGAAAAUAGACUCUUACACAAGCACUGCCAGCGCUCUCUGGAAUCGUCAGGACAGGGAAGGAAAUUUUAAGCUGUAUAUGGUUCUUCAGCAGGACGAGAAAGCACACGUGGAAAAAUUUGGAAUGUCUCCCAAAACUAACGCAGCCACGAGACCACUAUACGGCUAUGUUAUCUUUCAGCCCACAGCAGAACUCCCUAGAGAUGGUUUAAUCACCAAAGUGACCAAACAGUGUCGAAUCAUGGUCGAAGACAAUCCAACAACCCUCUUUUUAAGCAUCAGCUACCCUUCACGUCGGGAAGACGCCGAAAACAUCUGGUGA